AUGAGUGAAGCAGUUACAAUCCGUACCAGAAAAGUUAUUUCUAAUCCUUUAUUACAAAGACGUCAAUUUGUCAUUGAUGUUCUCCACCCAAAUCGUCCAAAUGUUUCAAAAGAUGAAUUGCGUGAAAAAUUAGCUGCUACAUACAAAGCUGACAAAGAUGCUGUUUCUGUCUUUGGUUUCCGUACUCAAUAUGGUGGUGGUAAAUCAACUGGCUUUGGUUUAGUUUACUCCUCAGUUGCUGCUGCUAAAAAAUUCGAACCUGCUUACAGAUUAAUUAGAUAUGGUUUAGCUACAAAAGUUGAAAAACCUUCUCGUCAACAAAGAAAACAAAGAAAGAAUCGUGGUAAGAAAAUCUUCGGUACUGAAAAGAAACAUGCUAAAAAAGUCGCUAGACGUCAAAAAGAUUAA